AGCUUGCUGGCGGGGAGGGCAACAAGCAGCGGCAUCUUGGAGCGCCUUCUUUCCCCAGUGCCCUUUCAUCUCUCCCAGUCCGCUCCUCUCUCGUACCUACAGCCUUUUCUUCUCCCUCCACUCCUCCUACCUUGUUAUUUCUCCUUGUCUCCCCCUUCUCUUACCAUUUUUAGGUUUUUGGGGUUUUUUGAUUUCCUUCUCUUUCUUCUUCCCCCAUCCUGUUCCUUUUUGGACCAUCUUCGUCUAGUGCCUCUUAAUUUCUUGAUUUUUUUUUUCCUUGGACUUUGCCUUGUCAUGUCAAGAUGGAAGCAAGGCAUGACUGGCUCUCCUCAUCCCCCCAUGAGGGCUUCGAGCAGAUGAGACUGAAGAGCAGACCCAGAGAGCCUUCUCCAAGCCUCACCAGAGUAGGUGCGAACUUCUACAGCACUGUCAAGCAGCAGGACUACAGUGCCAGUGUCUGGCUGAGGAGGAAAGACAAACUGGAGCACUCACAGCAAAGAUGCAUUGUGAUCUUUGCACUGGUAUGCUGCUUUGCAAUUCUGGUUGCACUGAUAUUUUCGGCAGUGGAUAUUAUGGGAGAAGAUGAGGAUGGACUCUCAGAAAAGAACUGUCAAAAUAACUGUCGGGUUGCUCUUGUGGAAAAUAUUCCUGAAGGGAUCAACUAUUCAGACAAUGCACCAUCCCAUUUGUCUCUUUUCCAAGGCUGGAUGAAUUUGCUUAAUAUGGCUGAAAAGUCUGUUGACAUAGUAUCUUCCCAGUGGGACCUCAAUCACAGUCAUCCAUCAGCAUGCCAGGGGCAGCGUCUUUUUGAAAAGUUGCUUGAACUGGCAUCCCGAAAUAUUGAGAUAAAGCUAGUGAGUGAUAUACUGCCCAUGGAAUCAAAGGUAUUAAACGACUUGAAAACAAAGGGUGCUGAAGUGUUGUAUAUGAACAUGUCAGCAUAUAAUGAAGGUCGGCUUCAGUCAUCUUUCUGGAUUGUUGAUAAACAGCAUGUAUACAUUGGAAGUGCCAGCCUAGACUGGAGAUCGUUGGGACAGAUGAAGGAACUUGGCGUCAUCGUAUACAACUGCAGCUGCCUAGUCCUGGAUUUGCAGAGGAUAUUUGCCCUGUAUAGCUCAUUAAGAUACAAGAAUAAAGUACCUCCAAGUUGGUCUAAGAGACUAUAUGGAGUGUACGAUACUCAAAAUAAACUGACACUGCAGCUGAACGAGACAAAAUCAGAAGCUUUUGUAUCGAAUUCACCUAAACUCUUCUGCCCAAAGGACAGAGUCCUGGAUAUUGAAGCUAUAUACAGUGUUAUCGAUGAUGCCAAGCAGUUUGUAUACAUAGCCGUCAUGGACUACUUGCCAAUCGUCAUUGACACCAAUGCUAAACGGUACUGGCCAUAUUUAGAUGGGAAGAUAAGAGAAGCAUUAGUAUUACGAAGUAUUAAAGUACGACUUCUCAUAAGUUUCUCAAGAGACACAGACCCCCUUACUUUUAACUUUGUUUCAUCUCUGAAAGCUAUUUGCACUGAAGUUCCAAGCUGUAGUUUGAAAGUUAAAUUCUUUGACCUUGAGGAAGAGAGUGCAUGCUUUCUUAAAGAACAGAAGAACACUUCCCUUCCCAAAUUAAAUCGUAACAAAUAUAUGGUGACCGAUGGAGCUGCAUAUAUUGGUAAUUUUGAUUGGGUAGGAAAUGCUUUUACGCAGAAUGCUGGAGCUGGCCUUGUUAUCAACCAAGCAGACACGGGGAACAGCACAAGCAUCAUUAAGCAACUCAAGGCUGUUUUUGAAAGGGACUGGUAUUCACAUUAUGCCAAAAGUUUACAACCAACAAAAAUCCCAAACUGCUUUAAUCACAAACUUAAUAAAGGAACUUCAAAUAAGACUGCCAUGAGCAAUGCAAAUUAGAAAGACUAUUUUACUGUUUAGUAUGGCAAUGAAGAAUUACGUUGGGGUGUAGCCUUCUUUCAUAUUUACAGACAAAAGACUUAAAAA